AUGUUUCUUCCAAUCCAUGUACUCAACGGACCGUCCAUGCCACCUAUCUGGUGGGCUGUUCCAAUCUUUCUUCUCCUUUUCAUUCUCAGUCGGGCUUUGAGAGCUUUACUGGAUCCGCUUAGAAAGCAACCAGGGCCAUUCGCAGCUAGGUUCACUCGGUUAUGGCUUCUCCGACAAUAUACCCGUGGUGAUUACCGGAAGACAAAUAUUGAGCUACACAAGAAAUAUGGCCCCAUCGUACGCAUCGCUCCCGGGCAAUACAGCAUAGACAGCCUCGAGGCGGCAAAGAUCAUCUACGGACAUGGCAGUCAUUUCGUCAAGAGCGAUUUCUAUAUCACGUUUGGCGACCCUAAUCGCGGAAACUUGUUUACUUAUCAAGACCCAAAGACGCACGCACACAUGCGUCGGCAAGUCUCCAAUGUGUACACCAUGUCCAGCAUGGUCUCCUAUGAGCCAUAUGUAGAUGAGUGUGCGGACAUCUUCUUGCAACGCCUUUCGGAAGUGGCUGCCAGCGGAAAGCCUAUGGACUUGGGUCAUUGGUUUCAAUGCUACGCAUUUGAUGUCAUAGGCCAGAUUACAUUCUCCAAAAGUUUCCAAUGCCUCGACGCCGGUCAAGACCCCCAGGGCAUAAUAAAGGCGCUUGAGGAUGCCUUGAAAUUGUCAAGUGCCAUGGGCGUUUACCCAUCGAUAUGGCCGUUGCUUUUCAAAGUAUUCCAGCUUUUUGCGCAGGGCAAAAACGAAAAGGGGCAUUCGCUGCUUAUUAGACGCGUACAAGAGCAAGUGGAUGCUCGACAGAAGGAAGACAAAGUCCCAGAUGGACCACAAGACUUCAUCAUGAAACUUGUUCAUGCCAGGAAGGAGCGACCUGAUGCAAUAAGUGAAGAGGCCAUCUUUCUUACAGGUGGUGCCAACGUAGCGGCUGGGUCGGACACUACUUCCAUCUCCUUGAGUGGCAUUAUGUACAAUCUUUUGAAGAAUCCGCACGCCAUGCAGAAGCUUCGGAAGGAACUGGACGAUGCCGUUGCAAAUGGUUCGGUUUCUAGUCCCAUCACAUUCAAAGAGUCUCAGGCUCUGCCGUAUCUUCAGGCUGUUAUCAAGGAGGGCCUCAGGAUGCACCCGGCAACUGGCUUCACGAUGCCGCGAGUGGUUCCAAAGGGCGGUCGACCUCUAGCAGGGACAUUUUUUCCAGAAGGAAACGUAGUGGGUAUCAACUCGUGGGUUGCGCACCACAACGAGGAUAUCUACGGUCGAGAUGCCAAGUAUUUCCGACCGGAGCGAUGGUUAGACUCGGCACCGGAGCAAAAGAGUCGCAUGGAAUCUUACUUUUUUGCAUUUGGUCAAGGGUCACGCACUUGUAUCGGCAAGAACAUCAGCUUGUUGGAGAUUUCCAAGACGAUUCCUAGAGUGGUUCAAAACUUUGACUUCACCCUUGAGAACCAAGAUGAAAUGGACUGUGACGGUUUUUGGUUUGUGAAGCCUCGGGAUUUUCGAUGCUUGGUGAGGAAGAGAGUGCUGUAA